UAGUGAUUGGAGUGAAAAUACAACAGUGAAAAGUUAAAAGAGUUUCGAUAAAAUCUAUACUGGCAACGACCAACCUACAUAGUUGCAAGAUUUGAAGAUUUGAACUCGGAAUGUUGGGCAACGUUUUAAAUCAGAACUGGUUUCAGUUGGGAUGUAGAGACAACAGUAGAGUAAAUUAUCGUACCACUGAUGCUGUAACCCUCACAAUUAAUGGCAAAAUCUAUACUGUAAAAUCCAAAAAUGUACCCAUCGACACUUCUCUGAACACCUUUAUUCGGAACUAUGCACAUCUCACCGGAACCAAGUUCAUGUGUCUUGAGGGUGGCUGUGGAACAUGCAUCGUCAAUAUGAACGGCAUCCAUCCGGUAACCAAACAGAAAGCUUCUUGGUCCGCUAACUCGUGUUUGAUUCUGGUGUUCGCCUGUCACGGAAUGGACAUUUACACCAUCGAAGGAAUCGGUAACAAAAAGGAUGGAUACCAUACAAUUCAGGAACGGUUAGCUGGCUUUAAUGGUUCUCAGUGUGGGUUCUGUUCUCCGGGUAUGGUCAUGAACAUGUACAGUUUACUCGAAUCCAAGAAAGGUCAGGUGUCGAUGGAGGAGAUAGAAAAUUCCUUCGGGGGGAACAUUUGUCGCUGUACCGGUUAUCGACCCAUUCUGGAUGCCUUCAAAUCACUGGCAGUUGAUGCUGAUGAUGAACUCAUAGAAGCAUGUGGAGACAUCGAAGACCUUUCGAAAUAUUGUCACAAAACGGGAACAACUUGUGCCGGACAAUGUUCGGCCAUUGCAAGAACAAACACAAACCAACCGUUUCGAGUUAUGUUUGCAAAUGACACCGAAUGGUACAAAGUUUACAAAAUUAAUGAAAUUUUUGCCAUAUUCAAUCAAAUUGGAAAGAAACCAUACAUACUAGUAGCGGGAGACACAGCUCAUGGAGUUUACCGACGAAGCGAAAACCUACAGGUUUUUAUCGACGUCAACGCAAUCGAAGAAUUACACUCUCAUUCACUUGGCAGUGAACUGAUAGUCGGAGGGAACGUUCCCUUGACUGAGUUUAUGACAAUUCUUACAGAUGCCGCUAGUAAAAAUAGCAACUUUAGUUACUGUAAUCAAUUGGUCAAACAUAUCGAUUUGAUCGCACAUGUUUCGGUUCGUAAUGUAGGAACUAUUGCCGGAAAUCUGAGUAUUAAAAACCAACACAACGAGUUUCCAUCCGACAAUUAUUUGAUUCUGGAAGCGGUUGAUGCCAAAAUAACCAUAGUGGAAUCCGGAGGAAAAACAUCAACCGCCAGUCCGUUGGCUUUUGUCCAAAUGAACAUGGAUAAAAAAGUUAUAAAACACGUAACUUUACCGGCUCUGGAUCCAUCGGUAUACAUCUUUCGAUCGUUCAAAGUCAUGCCCAGAGCUCAGAAUGCCCAUGCACAUGUGAAUGGUGCAUUUCUCUUAAAAUUUAACAAAAAGAAAACAAGUGUUAAAGCUGCGCGAAUUUGCUUCGGAGGGAUUAAUCCAAAUUUCACCCAUGCCGUAAUGACCGAAAAAUUACUCGUAGGAAAAAAUCCAUUCACUAACAGCACUCUUCAAGCCGCGUGCAGAACGCUAGCCGCUGAACUAGAUCCGGAUUGGGUUUUGCCGGAUCCUUCUCCUGUGUACCGUAAAAAUUUGGCCAUCUCAUUAUUCUACAAAUUCAUUCUCAGUAUUGCACCGGAAGGGCAGAUCAAUGUUAGGCCGGAGUACGAAUCCGGCAGUACAAUUCUGGAAAGACCAUUGUCAUCAGGAAAACAAUCAUUUGAUACCUACCCGAUGAACUGGCCACUGACGCAGUACGUUACCAAACUAGAAGCAAUGGUUCAGACUGCCGGUGAAGCGAAAUAUUUUAACGAUUUUCCGUCACUACCCGGAGAGCUGUAUGCUGCGUUCGUAUUGGCAACUCAGGUCAACUCUAGAAUCGUCACUAUACAUCCAUCAAAUGCUUUGAAAAUGCCAGGUGUAGUAAGAUUCUUCUCCGCGAAGGACAUACCCGGAGUAAACAAUUUUAUGCCGGAUUAUUUAGACAAUCAGGAGAUAGAAGAAAUCUUCAGCAGUGGCGAAGUUAAAUUCCACGGACAGCCCGUCGGUAUAAUCGUAGCAGAAACAUUCGACCUCGCACACAGAGCUUCUAGUAUGGUGAAAAUUACUUACGAAAAAAUUUCUAACAAACCAGUCCAUCCUACACUGAAGUCAUUUAUGGACGCCGAACGCAAUACCGAUGAUUCAAUAGACAAGAGAGAUCCUGAAAAAACUCCUAUGUCGACCAGCUUCAAGAACAUAAAGGGUCAUUCAGAACUUGCUGGACAAUACCAUUUUUCUAUGGAAACACAAACCUGCCUGUGCAUACCGAUUGAGGAUGGAAUGGACGUUUAUUCGUCCACUCAAUGGAUGGAUCUUACCCAUGUGGCGUUGGCGGAAUCGUUGAAUCUUCCCCAGAACAGUUUCAAUCUACAUGUUCGUCGACUGGGCGGUGGUUAUGGGUCCAAAGUGUCAAGGGCUACACAAAUAGCGUGUGCCUGUGCUCUAGCGGUACACCUGACACAACGACCUGUCCGUUUUGUUUUGAAAAUUGAAGAAAAUAUGAGAGCCAUCGGGAAGCGUUAUGAAUGUAUUGGCGAUUAUGAUAUCGAGAUUGAAAAGACUGGAAAAAUCAUUAAAAUGAAUCACCUUUUCACUCACGGUUGUGGAAUUGCAUUAAACGAAUCGGUACACAAUCAAACUACUAUAGCAUUCAGAAACUGCUACGACGCUGAUGCGUGGACAAUAGUUGGUGAGGAAGUUCGAACCAACGCACCAACCAACACUUGGUGCCGAGCACCUGGAACAGCCGAAGGACUAGCAAUGAUUGAAAUUAUCAUGGAACAUAUCGCCCACGAAACGGGUUGUGACCCAUUUGAGGUUCGAAUGGUAAACAUGGCAAAGGACAAUAAGAUUCUACAGUUGAUGCCCCAGUUCCGUCGGGAUGUAAGAUUUGACGAACGUAAACACUUCGUCGACGAGUUCAAUGCGAACAAUCGUUGGAAGAAGCGCGGCAUUGCUGUAGUCCCAAUGCAGUACUGGCUGAGAUACGACGGACAACUCAAUGCCAUCGUAUCGAUUCACGCAGGUGACGGAACCGUAUCGGUCACACACGGGGGAAUUGAAAUGGGCCAGGGGAUAAAUACCAAAGCCGCACAAGUAGCUGCCUUCGCCUUGGGAAUUCCAUUGGAAAAGAUUAGUGUGAAACCUUCUACCACUUUGACUUCACCAAAUUCUUUGGUUUCGGGAAUCAGCAUGGCCAGUGACUCUGUUUGUCAUGCAGUGAAGAAGGCCUGCGAUUUGUUGAGGGACAGGAUUCAAGCCAUCCGCGAUGAGAACCAAAAUGCUUCCUGGGAAAGGGUCAUACGAUUGGCCUACAGUCAAAACAUUGAUCUUUGUGCUGAAGCCCAACACAAGGCGCAAGAUCUGCAGCCUUACUUCAUAUAUGGUCUCAGCUGUGCCGAAAUCGAAGUGGACAUACUAACUGGAAAUGUACAGAUUAAACGGGUAGACAUCCUGGAGGAUACCGGUGAAAGCAUCAGUCCCGGAAUCGAUAUUGGACAAAUUGAAGGAGCGUUUGUGAUGGGUAUUGGAUACUACCUUACGGAAGCGCUAGUGUAUAAUAACGAAACUGGUGCAUUGACUUCUGACCGUACCUGGAACUACAAACCACCGGGAGCGAAAGAUAUACCGAUUGAUUUCCGCAUCAACUUUCUGCAGAAAAGCGCCAAUCCGGCGGGGGUACUACGUUCAAAGGCCACGGGCGAGCCCGCUUUGACUAUGGCCAUUGUAACUGUUUUUGCCAUACAAAACGCAUUACGGUCUGCUAGAAAGGAUGCUGGUCUGCCAGAUAAGUUUAUUCCAUUAGGUGCACCAACUACUCCGGAAGUAAUUUACUUGCAUGCGGGAAACACAAUUGAACAGUACUUGUUGAACUAGGAGUAUGCAGUAUUACAAUUUUGAAUGUUUGAUCAU